AUGGCGGCGGGCGGCGCGGGGAGGGGCGGGCGGCGCUCGGAGCCCCCCGGCCCCGCUGGCCCGGCCCGGCCCCGCCGGCGGCGGCGGCGACGGCCCGGGCGAGGGGUGAAGGGGGCCCCGGCGGCAGACCCUGCGCAGCCCGCGGGGGAAGAAACCGAGACGGCGAGCCCGUGUUCGUCACACAAAGCGGCUGAUGAACGACCCUCGAAGAGGAUGAAAUGGGAAAAAAGCAGUCCCAAAUCAGAACUGGAAGGACUCACAUGUGGAAGUGGAAACCUUGCUGCACUGGGGGAAAUGCCAAAAGCAUCUGAUGGGCAUCGAGGUUCAGAAGAUCCAGGAGACACCAGUAUAAUCCAACAGGAAAAAGGUGAAAGCAUUCCAGAGACUAUCGAAGGGAAGCAGGCAGAGGUGCACGAUGUUUCUCUGGAGCCACGCGCAGCGAGGUCGAGCAGCACCCCAUUAAAGCUGGGCAGUGGUGGAUAUGUGCCCCGGCCCGUGUUCGGUGAGGAGGAGAGCAGCUGUGGCAGUGUGCUGGCCGAGGAGUCCGGCUCGGAGGACACCGAUCGCCCCCGGAGGCCGAUGCAGCUGGAGCACAGCGGGUUCUCGGAUGAGGACAGCAACCAGCCCAUGCCAGUGCACCGCUUCUUCGGGGAUUUCGAGCCGGAUCUCCCAGCAGUGGCACUCCCAAGCACAACGAUGAGCAGGAGAGAAGUCAGGAACCUCCAUUUCUUUGCAAAGGAAGAUGAUGAGGAGGAAGAGGAUGUUGUCUAACAACAAACUGUAAAAAAAUGAAACCUUUCUUCUUUUUCUUUGCAACCACAUAGCAAUGGUUCUGUCAGUAACAUAA